UGCGCAGAUCGCGAAACUAGCAGCGUGUUGUACUCGGUGAGAGAGAGAGAAGAGAGAGAGAGAGAUGGCAUACACAGCUAAAAUUGGGCCCUCGAUUUUGAGUAGCGAUCUUUCCCAGCUGGGGAGAGAAUGCGAGCGGAUGAUGGAGUGCGGCGCUGACUAUUUACACCUGGACGUCAUGGACGGGCAUUUUGUUCCGAACAUCACGUUUGGCCAUCCGAUGGUAGAAUGUCUCCGGAAAGCUGUGGGCCCAAAUCCUUUCUUUGACAUGCACAUGAUGGUUUCCAGACCAGAACAGUGGGUGAAGCCAAUGGCAGCAGCAGGAGCCAACCAGUAUACAUUUCAUUUGGAGGCCACUACGAAUCCUGGAAACCUCAUCAAGGAAAUCCGUGAGAGUGGCAUGAAGGUUGGUCUGGCUAUCAAACCUGGAACCACAGUUGAAGAAUUAGCACCAUGGGCCAGGCAAAUUGACAUGGCCCUAGUUAUGACGGUUGAGCCUGGAUUUGGAGGGCAGAAGUUUAUGGAGGACAUGAUGCCAAAGGUCAGUUGGCUAAGAAGUCAGUUCCCUUCUCUAGAUAUUGAGGUAGAUGGAGGAGUUGGACCAGACAGUAUUCAUCGAUGUGCUGAGGCAGGUGCUAACAUGAUUGUGUCAGGCAGUGCUGUAGUGAGCAGUUCAGACCCUCGAUCUGUAAUUGCCCUCCUCAAAGAUGUCGUCCUUGAGGCCAUUCAGAAACGAUCUCUUGACCGCUAAUAUCACCUGUUUGUAUCUUUUUUCCUGAACUUUCCAAAAUCAAACCAGAUCUUUCUGAAUUAUUUGAAUAAAUGAGUGUAAGCUAAA